UUCUGCAGGGCCGGGGCUCAGUGGGCCAUCGCCCACCGCGUCCUUCAACGUUCCCCAACCUCGCCCGCCCUCCGGCCACCUCUGGAGGUGGGACGGAGGUCCCGGGGCUUUGCGCGCCGGAGCUGGUCCCGCGCUCGGGACGGUUGCGGGGCAGAGGCGCGGCGGCGGGCUUGGCGCUGAAGUUCCCGGGAGCCGCGGGCCGGGGUCGCGCCCCUCGGUUUGAGACAGCCUCCUGCUCUUCCGGAGAGGUGGCGGGGUCAGCUCGGGUGCAAUCAUGCAGGAAAACCUCAGAUUUGCUUCAUCGGGAGAUGAUGUUAAAAUAUGGGAUGCUUCAUCUGUGACAUUGGUGGAUAAAUUCAACCCACACACAUCACCACAUGGAAUCAGCUCAAUGUGUUGGAGCAGCAAUAAUAACUUUCUAGUGACAGCGUCUUCCAGUGGCGACAAAAUUGUUGUUUCAAGUUGCAAAUGUAAACCUGUUCCACUUUUAGAGCUUGGUGAAGGGCAAAAGCAGACAUGUGUCAGUUUAAAUUCCACAUCUAUGUAUUUGGUCAGCGGAGGCCUGAAUAACACUGUUAACAUUUGGGAUUUAAAAUCAAAAAGAGUUCAUCGAUCUCUUAAGGAUCAUAAGGAUGAAGUAACGUGUGUAACAUAUAAUUGGAAUGAUUGCUACAUUGCUUCUGGAUCUCUCAGUAGUGAAAUUAUUUUGCACAGUGUAACCACUAAUUUAUCUAGUACUCCUUUUAGUCAUGGUAGUAACCAGCCUAUUCGGCACUUGAAGUACUCCUUAUUUAAGAAAUCGCUACUGGGAAGUGUUUCGGAUAAUGGAGUAGUAACUCUCUGGGAUGUGAAUAAUCAGAGUCCCUACCAUAACUUCGACGGUACACAUAAAGCUCCAGCCUCCGGCAUCUGCUUUUCUCCGGUCAAUGAAUUGUUGUUUGUAACCGUAGGCUUGGAUAAAAGAAUCAUUCUCUAUGACACUUCAAGUAAGAAGCUCGUGAAAACCCUAGUAGCUGACGCUCCUCUGACGGCAGUAGAUUUCACGCCGGAUGGAGCCACUCUGGCCAUUGGAUCCUCCCGCGGGAAGAUCUAUCAGUACGAUUUAAGGAUGUUGAAAUCACCCGCUAAAACCAUCAGUGCUCACAAGACAUCUGUGCAAUGUAUAAUAUUUCAGUACUCCACUGCUCUUUCUAAGUCAGGUUUAAGUAAGGGCUGUUCAAAUAAGCCCUCGGCUGUGAACAAGCGGACCGUGCCCGUGAGCGCUGCCAGCAGUGGGGUGCAGAGUUCUGGAGGUGCCAGAGAAGCCGCUUCCGUUGCCGCGGUGCUGCCGCAGCCCAUGACAACCGCUGCGGGGAAAGCAGCCGGCGCUGCCCAGGAGAGAGCCGGUUUGCCUCGAAGCAUCAACACAGACAGUGGAAAAAGCCAAGAUUGCUCCAGUUUUGACGACAGUAGAGCAAGUAGUUUGGGUGACAUGUUCUCACCUAUCAGAGACGAUGCUGUGGUGAACAAGGGAGGCGAUGAGUCUGUGGGUAAAGGAGAUGGCCUUGAUUUUCUAACACAAUUGAACUCCAUGUUUCCUCCAAGAAAAAAUCCAGUAGCUUCAGGCACUUCAGUGUUGCAUUCUAGCCCUCUUAAUGUCUUCAUGGGAUCUCCAGGGAAAGAGGAAAAUGAACAUCAUGAUCUGACAGCUGAGCCUAAGAAAACAUAUGUGGGGAAACAGGAACCCAAAGACCCCUUCAAACAGUUUGCAAAGUUGAUCCCUGGUGCUGAAACUGGAAAUCUAAAUACCUCUCCAUCAUCUAACCAAACAAAAAGUCCUGAGAAAUUUGAAAAGCCAGAAAAAGAAAACGAAGCACAGUUACUAUAUGAACCCACAGUCAAUGGAUCUUCAACUUUAAAUCCAAAGUUAGCAUCCUCCGUCACUGCUGGAGUUGCCAGUUCACUGUCAGAAAAAAUAGCUGAUACUAUUGGAAAUAAUCGGCCAAAUGCACCAUUGACAUCCGUCCAAAUCCAUUUUAUUCAGAACAUGAUACAGGAGAUGCUGGAUGACUUCAGAGAAGCGUGUCAUAGGGAUAUUGUGAACUUGCAAGUGGAGAUGAUUAAACAGUUUCAUAUGCAGUUGAAUGAAAUGCACUCUUUAUUGGAAAGAUACUCAGUGAAUGAAGGUUUAGUGGCUGAAAUUGAAAGACUACGAGAGGAAAACAAAAGACUACGGGCACACUUUUGAAAUUUGAGAGAAUACCUUAGUGUUUUGAAAUUUGGGAAGUUUCUGGCAACACAGAACUACAUGGAAUCAGUAUUGUUUUCACGUCCUCUGGGAAAAAAAUUUCAAGUUAAAGGGUGAUGGGAUUUUAUACUGACCACUUUCAUUUUCUCUGUCAAAAAUAUUUAUAUUUUUUAUAUUAAAAGCUGUACAAUGUAUCAUCUGCCUAAUAGGAAUGUCAGUAGGAUCUUUAUUUUCUGAAAGCUUUAGGUAGACACUAAGUGGCCUUUUUCAUAAGAAAGUUGUGCAAAUAAAAAAUAGGUUAUGGAUGUUUUAAAGUCACCUUUUUUAAACAGAUAUAUUUUUGAUUGACAAUUGCCUUCCAAAUUUUUUUGGAUGUUUGAUGAUUAAAGAGUUUGAUAUGCACUCUAUUUUUUAUGGAAAAAAUAAUUUUAAAAUAGCAAUUGGUUUUUCUAAGUAAUUGACUAAUAAAACACAAGGUUGGUUAGUAAUUAUUUUGUUAACUUGAAGAAGAAUGACUUCUAUUUAUUACUUGUACUUUGAUAAGACAAUUUUUGGAAUUUUGAAUUGCACAGACUACUUUAUAUGUAUUGCAUUUAUGUUAUUGUAUUGUACUCCUGACAAAUUUGUACUCUUGACUGGUAUUUUUUUAAGCUAGCUUCACUUUACCUAUGAAAACUUUUAAGGAUUUGAAAGAUUUGACCAGAACUGCACACCUGCUACUUAUCUUAUGAAUUAAUAACAAGCAAAAUUAAACGUUAAAGUUUCAACCAACAUGAUUUACUUUAUAAUCAGUGGAAAUUUCAUAUUAGGUACUAAAUAUUACUGUAUUAUUGUCAUUUUUCCCCCAAAUGAGAAGUGUAGAUUUUUUUGUGGUUUAUAUCAUUAACUUUUUCUAAUUCUUUGUGUGCUGUGUUUAAUAUUUUUAUAUUAUUAACCUUAUGAUAACAUUUAGAAAGGAUAAUUGUCAAAAGAAUUUGUAAAUCUUGGACAGUAGGUAGAUGUACACAUCUACAAGCAUGUACAUCUCCCUGACGUGAUCUGGAGUUCUAGUCAUAUAAUAUUAGGCAGGUGGUUGGCUUGUGUACCUUCUUGUAGCCUCUUGUCCCAAAGAUUUAAACAGUGUCUCUUAUAUAUAGUCCUCCUGUCCAAUUUUGACUUCUGAAAUAAAAAAAUAAAUAAAUAAAAAAUAAAAAA